UGAAUGGUCAAAUUGAAUGACUUAUUGCUGUAAUGACAUGGCAAUCUACAUAGGCAAACGUUUGAUAAGGACGGUACGAUCACCCGAUAGAAUAAACGAUUUGGAAGUUAAAGAUGGGUCAUUAUGAUCACGGUAGGGAAGACAAAACAAUGGCUAAAUAUGGUCACACAGAUAAGACGAUGAGAAAUUCACUAGAUGACGGAGUUUGCAAGUACAUAUACUAUCUUUCUAUAUUUUACACUUAUCAUUAUACGAGGAUUCUGUACGGUUAUUAUUCACGGAAACAUGUUCAGCGCGCUGUCGGCUCUCGCACUGGUGGCGUGUUUCUUUGGUAACGUGGUUUUGGUCAUGGGUGACUUCUCCUGCCUGUGUAGUUACUCGGUGGAGGUUCCUGUGUAUGCCACUGCUGACAAGUCAUCGGCUGCUAUAGGAUACUUGUAUGAGUUUGACUGCAAGCCCGUUUACACGUCGCUUAUCACAGACAGCCCUUGGAUACCAAUAGCUUUUAGCCAUCAGGUAGGGUACGCUAUGCAGAGCUCAGAGCAAAGGAUACAGACAUGUCCUGGGAAUCCAAACCCUGACGAUAUUUCUACAACGACGACAUCUACAACAAAACAUAUAAGCACAUUUUCAUCAGCAGCAACUGAAAAGUCUCCUACAUCUGAGUCAACAAAAUCGCAUUCUUCCCCAGCAUUAACAAGCACAAAAUUGCCAAACUAUUCAACAGCUUCUAUGUCAACAACUACCACUGCAAGUACAACCUCCGGGCCGACACAGUCGCAUUUUUCCCCAGCAUUAACAAGCAUAAAAAUGCCAAACUAUGCGUCAUUAUCUGCGUCAACAACUACCAUUGCAAGUACAACCUCCGGGCUAACACAGUCACAUUCUUCUCCAGCAUUAACAAGCACAACAAUGCUAAACUAUUCAUCAGCAUCAACGUCAACAACUACCACUGCAAGUACAAACUCCUGGCCAACACAGUCGCAUUCUUCCCAAGCAUUAACAAGCACAAAAAUGCCAAACUAUUCGUCAGCAUCUACGUCAAUUACUACCACUGCAACUUCAACCUCCGGGCAAACACAGUCGCAUUCUUCUCCAGCAUUAAGAAGCACACAAAUUUCAAACUAUACGUCAGCUUCUACGUCAACAACUACCAAUGCCAAUACAACCUCCGGGCCAACACAGUCGCAUUCUUCUUAAGCAUUAACAAGCACAAAAAUGCCAAACGAUUCGUCAGCAUCAACGUCAACAACUACCACUGCAAGUUCAACCUCCGGGUCAACACAAUCUGAACUUUCUUCACACGCCAAGACAACUAAAGAAGUAUUGCAGUCUCAAACACUAGCAGUAAAUGCUAAAUAUACCACACUACCGACCACACUCACAGUUUUUUCCACGGACGCCUUUAGACCGAUCACUUCUACUUCUACAAUAACCAUUCCUUUUGUUACCACUCAAUCAAUAAGUACAACAAGCACAACGACCACUCCACCUACAACAACAGCAAAAACCACAGCAGAAACAACAUCGCAUCGAGUAGAAACAACAACACUAACGCACGUUCCAAGCAGUUGUUCUGACUUAAUGAAGAAUCAUGCAGAACAAUAUCAUGGAGCCACGUUAUUCCAAGGUACCACUUGCCUGGAGCUCGUGACCUACCCAACGGACUGGGAAAGCGCGGAAACCAUCUGCGCAUAUCGGGGAGGUCAUCUGGUUGAUAUUCGCAGUCAAACAGACGAAGACAUGGUUAUCUCGUUUCUACAUUCUAAUCACGUCACGGGUAAUGUUUGGAUUGGACUAAAUGACAGAAAUCACGAGGGUACAUUCAUCUGGUC